CAUUAAUAUCAGCCAAUCGGAACACGUCGAGCCAGCAGUCUCUUACCGCUACACACCCACAUUACUUUUGUGUCAACCACUUCGCGGGAGUUGUCACUUCAGGAGCGGUCGUCUCUUUAAAACUAGACAAACAGUAUACGAGAGACUAGUAGGGCAACCAUGUCUGACAGAAAGGCAGUGAUCAAAAAUGCCGACAUGUCGGAGGACAUGCAGCAGGACGCCGUGGAGUGUGCCACUCAGGCCCUGGAGAAGUACAACAUCGAGAAAGACAUCGCUGCAUAUAUUAAAAAGGAGUUCGACAAGAAGUAUAACCCAACCUGGCACUGCAUUGUUGGGAGGAACUUUGGCAGCUACGUGACUCAUGAGACGAAGCAUUUCAUUUACUUCUACUUGGGUCAGGUGGCCAUUCUGCUGUUUAAGUCUGGCUGAGAGAGGAGGGGAAAGCGUUUUCCCGACACCAGCUGACCAUAUACAAUACGGACUGACUCCACAAAAGGCACUUAUCAUUCCUUGGCAAGGGGCCGCUGCCUUUUUCUGUGCUGCUUUCUACUUUGUUGUUUUUGAAGAUUUAAAACAAAAAAACAAACUAAAAACUAAAACGUGGCCAUGUUAAAGAGAUGAAACACUUGUAUUUAUUUUUGUCUUGUUACAUUAGACAUGUCAUUUUUUUAAUUAAAGUGUAGCUGUUAAGCUGUUUGGGUCCAA